AUGGAUGAAAUUGAAAUCGAAAUCGAUGUUCCUUCCCAUUUUCUCUGCCCAAUCUCCCUCCAACUUAUGAAAGAUCCUGUCACUGUUUCAACAGGAAUAACCUACGACAGAGACAACAUAGAAAAAUGGUUAUUUUCAUUCCAAAACAAAACAUGUCCUGUCACAAAACAAACCUUAUUAGAAACCGAUCUUAAUAAUCUCACACCAAACCACACUCUUCGCCGUUUGAUUCAAUCUUGGUGCACUCUUAAUGCUUCAUUUGGUGUUCAACGUAUUCCAACACCAAAAUCACCAAUCGACAGAACACAGAUUCUUAAACUCCUCAAUGAAGCAAAGAAAUUUCCAGAAACACAUCUCAGUUGUCUCGUAAAGCUUCGGUCCAUCGUCGUCGAAAGCGAAAGGAACAAAAAAUGCUUGGAAUCUGCAGGUGCAGUAGAGUUCUUAGCUUCAACCAUGAAAAACAACAAUUCAAGCUCUCUGAGGGAAGCUGCUAUUGAAGUUUUGUUUCAUAUAAACCCUUCUGAAGUUCGCAUUAAGAAUCUCAUAAACAACGAAAGCAUUCAAUUUAUCGAGUCAUUGUUUCAUGUGUUGAAGCUUGGGAGCUGCCAAUCUAGAGGCUAUGCAACAAUGCUAUUGAAAUCGGCAUUCGAAGUAUGCGACCCGAUUCAAUUAAUCGGCGUAAAAAAGGCAAUAUUCGAAGAGGUAACACGAGUGCUUAUUGAUAAGAUUUCACAACAAGCUACAAAAGCUGCAUUGAAGUUACUUGUGGAGCUUUUACCAUGGGGAAGAAACCGAAUAAAAGCGGUCGAAGGCGGCGCGGUUUUAGUCCUCGUGGAGCUUCUUUUCGAUGUUUCCGAAAGAAAGGUUUGUGAAAUGAUUUUGAUAGGUUUAGAUCAGCUUUGCGGUUGUGCUGAAGGUCGUGCGGAGAUGUUGAAUCAUGGAGCAGGAAUCGCUAUUGUCUCGAAGAAAAUUUUGAGGGUUUCGCAUGUUGCAAGUGAUAGAGGUGUUAGAAUUUUGAGUUCUAUUUGUAGGUAUUCUGCAAACUCUAGAGUUUUACAUGAAAUGUUGCAAGUUGGAGGUGUUUCAAAGUUGUGUUUGGUGCUUCAAGUUGAUAGUAAUUUUAAGACAAAAGAGAAGGCUAAGGAGAUUCUUAAAUUGCAUUCAGUUGUUUGGAAGAAUUCUACUUGUAUUCCUGUUCCUUUGUUGUCUUCUUAUCCAUGA